CCCGACUCGUUUGUUCCUCACAGUUCGCCCUAACUUCUCCGGCACUCUCCUAGGCAGAAAAGGGCCGCAACCACGAGUGGAGUGCCGAGGCAACGUGGGGCCGAGCAGCACAGCUCGGAGCUUGCUGGGCAGAAUUCCAGUGGGACGGCAUGUACUGCUUUUCUGAGGACAAUGAAAUCAGGAGCUAAGUACCAGACUACACUGACACUUCAGGCUUGGCUGUACAGACACAGGUCUGCUGGUAUGGGAAUGUGUCAGAAGCUGGAAUACCAGUAGUUCAGGCUGUAGAGGCAAUCGGUGACCAGCAUUGAGUUUAAUGGCAAGACAAUCAGGCAUAAGAGGAAGACACUGGACACAGAGCCAUCUGACUGUCAGAGAAGCACCCGUUCCCAAGAUGCUGGCACCCUGCCUUCUGAGAAGAGCUGUCCUUACAGUUCCUUUAGUUUUUAUGGUUGCACUGCUUCUUGCAGAGCCUGUUAGAUCUGAUCAAGAAGCGGGAACAGCCAUACCAGCUGAAAGUCGUCCCUGUGUUGACUGCCAUGCAUUUGAGUUCAUGCAGAGGGCUCUGCAGGAUUUAAAGAAGACAGCAUAUAAUCUAGACACACGGACAGAAACUCUGCUUCUUCAGGUGGAAAAGAGAAAUCUGUGCGACUGUGUAACUGCAAAUCUGCUGAACUGAAUCCUGGAGGCCACCUAAGGAGUGUCACCUGUUCAGUGGUUUUUAAAAUGCAGCUGUAUAAAAUACAGCUUUAUGGAGUUCAUGUUGCAAGCAUGUAUGCCCCAGUGUAUGGAGGGAAUGGUGGGGGCUGUGUCUUAUGUGUUUGUCUGUUCUGUUUGGUUUUUUUUAAAGAUACCCCAUUUUCACAUCCACUGGGUUGCCAGUAAGGGCUCAAUUCAGUAAAUCUGUUAUUUAGUAUUACAGUGGAGAAAAAAUUUACCUGCUUUGAUUUUUAAAUCAGAGUUGGCCAAGUGUAACCCACAAGAUAAAUAUGGCCAGCAGUGCUCUAGAGACUCUUGCAGCUGUGUUUUGUCUCUAAUAUGAACAUAUUUCUGUGGCAACUUACCCAGUUAUAUUAAGACAGAGAAUUGUGGUCUCUGUAGGCUUUGCCUGUGUAUUAAAGAUGAUGGAAUUCCUUUC